UCUCUAUAAACCUCAAAAACCUCGAAGGAAGAAGCAUAAUUCUGAAACCGGUGAAAAGAAGCAAGCUUCAAUAAAUUGGCCAUGGCUGCAAAUGCCGCGAUUCUAACCCGCAAAUCCCUGCUGGGUUUACGCUUCCCGGGUUUAUUAUCUCGCAAUCCUCCCGCCGCUACUUUCAUUGCUCAGCUUACUCGAAUUCCGCUCAACCACCUCCACACGCCGCGCUUCACGGCCCGCUCCUCUUCCUAUCCGGCUUUUCCUGCUUCUACUUCAGCUCGCGGGCUGAAAAGACUGGAACUUUUUGAGUCCGGGCCGAAUCUUAUCCGGGCGUCUGCGGUUUCUGACGGCAGUUCAAACAGUGGCGGAGGGUAUGGUGGCUCCGGUGACGGCAAUUCCGGCGGCGGCGGAGGCGGAGGCGGAAGUGGUGGUGAGGGUGGGAGCAAGUGGUCAUUGCUCACAUGGUACUUAUCUCUUCUUGAGAAGUAUCCUGUGUGGACAAAGGCUAUCACAUCUGCAUUUUUGAAUUGCGUUGGAGAUUUGAUCUGCCAGCUUUGGAUCGAUGGAGUCCCAUCUUUAGAUGGAAAGAGGACAUUCCUCUUCACAUUUUUGGGUCUGGUCUUGGUGGGUCCGACAUUGCACUUUUGGUACCUGUACUUAAGUAGAUUGGUUACAACGCCUGGAGCAUCGGGGGCUUUCUUUCGCCUUUUACUUGAUCAGUUCGUUUUUGCUCCGAUUUUCAUUGGAGUAUUCUUAUCUACACUCGUGACACUUGAGGGGCGGGCAUCACAAGUGAUUCCAAAGCUUCAACAGGAAUGGGUCUCUUCUGUUCUUGCGAAUUGGCAACUAUGGAUACCCUUUCAAUUCCUCAACUUCCGCUUCGUCCCACAACAAUUUCAGGUUCUUGCUGCAAACUUAGUUGCUUUAGUAUGGAACGUGAUUCUCUCGUAUAAAGCUCACAAAGAAAUCGUUGUCAAAUAAAGAGAACUUGGACGAAGAACGGGAAGUCUAGCUGCUCGUGAACAUACGGUAGGCAAUGCGGUUGCAGUGUUAGCCAGGACUGACUUCCCGGGCUUGACAAUGAUGAGACUGAGACUUGUGCCAAGCAAAAGCUCACAGCUUUAUCUAUGAAAGCAUUGCAUCUUCUUUUACUGGGAACUGAAAAACCAGUCUUUACAUUAAACAACAAAUGUAGUACCAUGAACUGUGACAGGCACUAUCAUAGUUUCAUAUCAUAACAAAAUCUUAACUUGCCAUA